GGGCUGUAAUCAUUUUGUUACAUUUGCCCACAGAUAAAUAGCACAUCGUGUUCCAGUAUUGAUCGUCCACUGCCUGGCUUCACUAGUCCUCUUCUCGAUAACGUUCGCGUGAGUUCUGGCGCCCCCUUAACAGUUGGGCAAGUGUCUUGAAGGCGGACUUGGCUGGGUUAUCGAGGACAUGCAGUGAACUAUCGCUUUACCAAGUAAUUUUGGAAUAAACUUUGGAAUUAAACGUAAAGGGGUGAUUGUGUUGUUACCUGUGAGAACUGGAGACCGUUCACGGACCCCCCAUCGCUCAUGACUCUCCGCCACAGGGGAGUUCUGGCAGACUGAUGCGAUUAAAACCAGUGCGCAGUAUGUGGAGAAGGCAUCUCAACUUGACCAUUCUUCUCGUGUUUCCCUGUAUCCUGUCCUUACCUAUGACUUCCGGUCGUCCAUGGACGCCUCAACACUUACACACAACUACACGACCCAGCUAUUUGGAACUUUUGACGUCUUUACAGAAACGUGGGUGCCAUUUGGGCCUGCCUUGCACGUAUUCUCACUUGUCCUCUAUAGCUGCACAAAGAACUCUUCAGAGAAUGAUGGUGGAUUACAUGCAUAACUGCGUGAACGACCCCCGCUGUUCACCUGGUCGACGAAAGCGACAAACAUCGUCAUCUAAGGAUCGCGUGAGCCUACGACCAAAGAGAGCCUCUUUGAGUCGUAAUUUGGACGGGUUCCCUGGCCGGUAGGCCGAACCGGAGGAUGCUGGCCCACAGAUAGCGCUGGUGGAUGACAGGCCGGGCAUCCUAACACAAGCCGCUAUCACCAACUCCCUGGCACCUAAUCCCUUCUCUACCCAACUCUAACGUCUCCGUAGAAUUCCAAUCACAUCGUUUGCAGGCAGUUUUUCACUGGUGAUCACGUCAACAGUAUAACGCGCGACCAGCUACAAGCAUACCGGCGAACAGACAACUUGGGGUUAUCCCACUUGUAGGAGCUUGUGCUUCACUUCGAGUCAAAAUCUUGAAAAUGUUUUUUUUGUUACUUCAAGUUAAAAAUGUUUGGCUUUUCGGAAAAUCUUGCGUAAUCCAUUUUUUGGAUGACGUCGGAUAUUCCAAAGUGAGUCAAUUCCAUCUCUAGAAACUCUGUGGACAAUUUCUUCAAAGGAACUAUUAGACUGAAAAAAAUAAAAGGUUUUCACUGAGUCUGAUAUUGCCCCUGAAAAUCAUGUAUCAUUUGAUCAUGUAUCAGUUUCUAACAUCUUUUACGUCGUCGGAGGUAUAAAGCUCUAAUAUCCUGUUAUAAAUGACAGAAUUGCCCUUCUCCAAAUGCGGGAGGGGUGGUUGGGAUAAAAUAUAUUUCUUAAACUACACUAUGAAUUUUAACCAAAGAAAUCGUCACUAUAUACCACGUGACCCUACAAAAUAUAUUCCAAUAAUUUGUUAUCAAGAUAAAGUUAUAAAUGCAUCGAAAUGUCAACACCUGCUAUCCCAUUUAUCUCGUCUUGUCCGUUUAUUUAUUUCUAGCAUUAUUUCAUUAAUGGUAAAAAAAGACUAAUGCAACUUUAUUCCGGUUUACAAACUAUCAGUUCUCAUAAUCAUAUAGGUAAUAAAGGAU